CAUGCCUGCAGUAUUAACGGUUAUAAGUGACUCAUGGACCUGAUUAUAAAUGUUUCCGUUCCUUCAUCUUUCUUUGAUUUUUUGAGAAACGCUUGAGCUAAUUGUGAUGAGUAGAGUAGUGCUCCUAUGUACCUUGAAUUGAACCUACUGCUCCAUUCCAUGUCUUUCUCCUUCUUCCUGAUUAACAAGCUAAGAUACCAGAACUAAUCUUUCUCCUUCUUCCUGAUUAACAAGCUAAGAUACCAGAACUAAAAUAACAAUCUUCAAUCUUCAACAUCAGUCUCAGCCUAUAUCUAUUACCAUGUCCAUGUUGCCUUAACAAGAUACUUAUACAUAUAUGUGUGUGUGUGUAAAAAUCCUGCAUAAACUUGAAUAAAAUUUGUUACUGGUUUUGUAAAGAAAAUCUGCAAUGAAUUUCUUUGAUCUGUUCAUGGUUGCAUUGUUGCCAGUUCUCAAAGUAAUCUUGAUUACUGCUCUUGGUUUAUUACUUGCAUUAGAUCGUAUAGAUCUGCUGGGACCAAAUGCUAGGCACCAUUUAAAUAAUUCCUGCAAUCGUAAGUAGCUACCUGGCUGAUACAAUUACUCUUCAAAGUUUGAUUACAUUGUGGUUCAUGCCAGUCAAUGUCAUUCUCACAUUCAUUUUUGGUUCUGCACUUGGAUGGUUAGUCGUGAAAAUCACUAGAACCCCUUAGAGGACUUGUCAUCUCUUGCUGUUCAGCAGGUGCAGUUUACACACUCCUCCAUGAUGCUUUCUGUGCAUAUAUAUAGAUUCACACACACACACACAGAGAGUUAGCAGUGCACACACUCCUAUAGUUGCGAGAAUCAUACAUAAAAUGAAGCAUGGUUGUAUCAUUUAAUGUAUGAUCAGAAGUUGCUACUCUCAAAAUUUCUUUCUUUUUUUUUUUUUUCAUUGAUGUGCACAAGUAAUAUUGGAGGCUUAUUUCUAAUCAUACUCCCAGCACUAUGUGACGAACAAAACAGUCCAUUUGGAGAUUCAUCCACCUGCUCUACAUAUGCCAAAGCUUAUGCCUCCCUUUCUAUGGUGGUAUUUUAUUUUUGAUGAUUCUGAUUCUGAAACUAAGUCUUCCAAAAAGUACUAAAUAAGUAUACUAUGAAUCAUAAGGUGUUGCUCUCUGUCUUCUCAAAUAGAAACUGACAUUAAUCAACCAAUGCGAUUUCAGAUCAUGUAUAGUUUAGUAAGUAUUACUGUUGUCUCAAAAGCAGAGAUUCAUUUAAGCUCUUUUUUAUUAUGAAUAUUUGAUAACACAGAUACUAGCUGUCUAUCUUUGGACUUACAUUUAUAUUAUUAUGCGGGCAUAUGCCAAAAAUGAGACCAGCCACUCAACUAGUAUAAAAAGUCCUGGAGAAACCUUAGAGAAUUUUACUCAAGUGCUACUUCCAAGCUCAGGGGACUACUCUGAAAUUGAAAGGGAAAAGGGUAUAACCCUAAUAAUUGGAGCAAACCUUCUGAAAGGUCUGAAAGGAGGAGGAGGAGGAGGAGGAGUUGGAGCAUCAGUGAUAAUAGGAAUAUUAACAGUGAAAUACAUAAUAAUGCCACCACUGGGGAUUGGUGUGGUAAAAGCUGCAAGACAUUUUGGGUUUGUGGAAUCAAAUUCAUUGUCUGAGUUCAGUUUGAUGCUUCAGUAUGCAGUUCCACCUGCGAUGAACAUAGCAUAGGUACCGUAGAUGCAAUGCAAUGUUUAAGUGGAUUCAAUUAAUUAGAUUAAUUUUGGCAGGUACUAUUACGCAGUUGGUCCAGACUAGCCAGAGUGAAUGUUCAGUGGUGAUGCUGUGGCAGCAUUCUUUCUUUCUUACUUACCCUUUGGUCAGCCCUCUUCAUGUAAUGGUUUCUUGUUACAUAGAUGAUUACUCAUCUAAUCAGUAAGACUACUCACUAGUAACUUGAUUGUUAUAUAAUUAUUUCAUUUCUCU